AUGUCGGUCAAGUAUCUGGGAAUUGUCCUGGAUAAAAGAUUGAACUGGAAGCUGCAUCUGGAAUCAGUGUGUAAGAAAGCCAGCACAUACUUCUGGAUGUGCAGAAGAACCUUUGGGCAAACUUGGGGAUUGCAGCCAGACAGAGUGAUUUGGCUAUACUCUGCGGUGCUCCAACCAAGGUUGCUCUACGCUGCGGUGGUCUGGUGGCCAAGGACACAGCAAACCGAGGCCCGCGUAUCACUGGAACGCGUCAGGGCUCUCUUCUUAAAGAGGGCUCUGGAUGCAAUAAGGACAACGCCAGUGGCGGCAAUGGGAGUGCUGCUCGGCAUAGAACCACUCCAUCUCGCGAUAGUGGCGGCAGCAGCGGUCACGGCGUAUAGGCUGAAGUGCGAGGGAAAAUGGAUGAGCGGUGUGACUCACAUCCAGUUACCGCGUGAGCUCCAAAUGGAAACCGUGUUUGACAUGAGGCAGGAUAGAAUGCCAAUAAGGCGCGACUUCGACAGAUCGUACAAGAUCUAUAUUCCUAGCGCGAGGACUGGGAGAGGCAUGAGGUGCCCGCUAUCAGGAAUGGGGACGUCUGGUACGGAUGGCUCCAAGACUGAUGAGGGCGCCGGUGCCGGGAUCUACGGAUGCCGUAGUGGAGUCAGGAAGGCUCUCCCUCUUGGAGAGUUCACCACUGUAUUCCAAUCGGAGGUGAUAGCAAUCAUGGGCUGUGCUCAAACGCUAACCGCAUCAGGUGAGACGGGCAGACGCAUCAGGAUAUGCUCCGAUAGCAGGGCGGCUCUGGGGGCGCUAGGGGCAUGCGUCUUUGACUCGUGGCUGGUCUGGGAGUGCAAAUGUGCUCUGAACAGGCUGUCCACGGGGAACGGUGUUGCUCUUGUAUGGGUUCCGGGACACUCGGGAAUCAAAGGUAAUGAGAUUGCUGAUGAGCUGGCAAGAAGUGGCUCAUCAGCCAGGCUGAUUGGACCGGAAUCGGCUCUGGGUUUGCCCAGCUGCAUUUGCAGGGCAAAAAUUAAGGGCUGGUUACAGGACCGUCAUAUCAACUACUGGAAGGAAGAGACAAGAACCAAAUGCAGGCAGGCGAGAGCCCUGCUGGGAGAGAUGCCCAGCAGGGACCUUGCCAGGAGCAUUAGGGCCUUGAGGAGAGGGGAAGCCAGGCUGGCGGUGCAGAUCUACACGGGCCAUGGCUUCACUAACUACCACAUGCACAAGCUGGGACACAGUGAUAACCCGAAGUGCAGGAAGUGCGAACACGAGGAAGAAACCUCUCUCCACGUGUUAUGUGAAUGCCCAGCGUAUGCAGGACAAAGGCUCGGUAUUUCUCGAGCCCGAGCAGGUAUGUCAACUCCAGGUCAGGGACCUACUCCGUUUCUGGAGGAAGACAGGUCUGAUCUGAUCUGGAGAUAG